AGACUGUUCCAGUAUCACCAGUCACCAAACAGGCUUUUGCGAAGGAGUUCUACCGCUUCUUGUGCUCUUCCUCAACCGAACUCGAUCGGCUAAUAUCAUCGCAUUAAAGUUUGUUCGACGUGCAACAACGAAAUGUCGGGAACCGUCUCGAAAUCUUCGACAACCAAAUCUUCUAAAUACGUCUACCGCUCUACCGGUGGGGCUGGAACCGAUGUCACUAUCGAGUACUCCACCGAUUUGUCGGCUCUGUCUCGUCUCGAGGACAAAAUCCGCCUCGUUCAGGAGGAUCUCGAGACUGAGCGAGAGCUUAGGCAGCGUGUUGAACGAGACAAGGCUGAUCUGAGUGUUCAGGUGAUUCAGCUUCAAGAACGCCUUGAAGAAGCUGAAGGGGGAGCUGGAAAUCAGUUGGAAAUCAAUAAGAAACGUGAUGCUGAGUUGGCUAAAUUGCGAAAAUUGUUGGAAGAUGUCCAUCUUGAAUCGGAAGAGACGGCGCACAUGCUCCGCAAAAAACAUCAAGAAGCUAUUGUCGAUCUUCAAGACCAAUUAGAACUGCUGGCCAAAGCCAAAUCAAAGGCGGAGAAGGAGAAGUCAAAGUUUCAACAGGAACUGUUCGAUCUCCUGUCCCAAGUUGAAUCGGCUAACAAAGAUAGGGUAACAUACGUCAAGCAAGUGGAAAAACUGGAAGUACAAGUUCAUGAAUAUACCAUCAAAAUUGAAGAGCUCAACAGAACUAUCAUCGACAUUAGCAGCUACAAAACCCGUUUGUCAACGGAAAACAUUGAGCUAACAAAAGAAGUUCAAGAACUGAAAGUGAGUUACGAAAAUAUUAGUUAUUUGAAGAAUCAAAUUAGUUCCCAAUUCGAAGACUUGCGUCGGCGCUUUGAAGAUGAAGAAAGGCGCCGCUCUACUUUGGAAGGAAAUUUGCAUUCGGUGGAAAUCGAACUGGAGUCGGUGCGUGUUCAACUCGAAGAAGAAUCCGAAGCUCGUUUGGAUCUAGAACGUCAGCUGUCAAAGGCCAAUCAGGAUUGCUUGUCAUGGAAAUCCAAGUACGACCAGACUUGCCUAUCCCACACCGAGGAGAUUGAAGAAAUCAGACGUAAAUUCCACGUCCGCGUGACCGAAUUGGAAGAGCAAAUCAGCGCUCUCAUUUCCAAGUGCUCUGGUCUGGAGAAAAUCAAAUCUCGUCUUCAAAGUGAAGUUGAGAUCCUCAUUAUUGAUCUGGAAAAGGCCAAUACUACUGCUCGCGAGAUGCAAAAGCGUAGCGAACAACUUGAACGCAUUAACGGCGAGCUUAAGUCUAAGUUGGAUGAACUUACCGCUCUAUACGAUGCCUCCCAGAGAGACAACCGAAAUAAGGCAACCGAAAUUUCUCGCCUCAGCCACGAAUUGGACAAAACUCGAGAACAAAAAGAUCAAUUGACUCGUGAAAACAAGAAACUGGGCGAUGAAAAUGGUGAGCUGAAGAGCCAAUACUCGGAACUGAGUCGCAGAUUCCACGAGAUGGAAAUUGAAUACCGCCGUCUAGAAAACGAACGCGAAGAACUGGCUGCCGCAUACAAGGAAUCUGAGGCUUCCCGUAAGGCUGAGGAACAACGCUCGCAGCGUAUGGCAGCUGAGAUGAAUCAGUACAGGCACGAUAUGGAACGUAGAUUGACUGACAAGGAGGAAGAACUAGAAUCCACCAAGAAACAAAUGUCAAUUGAAAUCGACCAACUGAACUCGCGUUUGGUUGACGCCGAAACUAAAUUGAAAACCGAAAUUCAACGUAUCCGAAAGAAGAUGACAAUCACAAUCACUGAACUGGAAAUGACUUUGGACGUUGCGAACAAGAACAACAUUGAGCUGCAAAAAACUAUUAAAAAGCAGUCUCUUCAACUUACCGAACUUCAAUCAAUGUACGAGGAAACCCAGCGCCAAUUGCAAAUCACAGUUGAUCAGUACGGUGUGGCUCAGCGCCGCUUGCAAGCUCUGCAACAAGAGCUCGAAGAUAUGCGCGCCAAUAUGGAAGGAGCCCUACGCGCUAGACGUGCUGCUGAGCAGCUGGCAGAAGACGCUGCCGCUCGCAUUAACGAGCUUACCACGAUCAACGUCAAUCUUUCUUCAACUCGUGCCAAACUGGAGCAGGAACUAGCCGCGUAUGCCGCCGAUUUCGAAGAAGCCAGCAAAGAACUUAAGUUGGCUGAUGAUCGCGCCCAGAGGGCCCAAUGCGAACUUAAGCAUACCAUGGAUGUCCUACACGAGGAACAAGAACGUGUGGUCAAGAUCGAAUCGAUCAAAAAGGCUCUGGAAAUCGAAAUCAAAAACCUGACCAUUCGUUUGGAAGAAGUCGAAACUAAUGCGUUGGUCAGCAGCAAGAGAAUUAUUAGCAAAUUGGAAGCUAGGGUUCGUGACAUCGAAUUGGAAUUGGACGAGGAACGCCGCCGACAUGCCGAGACUACCAAGAUCCUGCGUAAGAAAGAGCGCCAAGUCAAAGAAAUCAUCAUCCAGGGCGAAGAAGAUCACAAAAACGUCUCCCUCCUCCAGGAUUCGGUCGAAAAACUCACUCAGAAACUUAACGUUUACAAGCGCCAACUGCAAGAACAGGAGGGUAUGUCGCAACAGAAUUUGAGCCGUGUCCGUCGAUUCCAACGUGAAUUGGAAGCUGCUGAAGAUCGCGCCGAAUCUGCCGAGACCAACUUGAACUUUGUUCGUGCCAAACAUCGUACUUUUGUUACGGCUGUUCCCGGCGGUACCACCACUUCAAAUGUCUACGUAGUGGAAGAACAGAAGCAUUUUACCGAGCACUAUUAACUGGAUAACAAAUGAAUUUCCUAUAAGUGGGAUGCUGCAUGCAGCGGUCUGCUACAGAAAAGCGAAGAACUUUUAUAAAGCGAACAUCAUGUUUUUAACAUUCAUUUGACUUGAGUUUAUUUGAUCCGAUAUCUGACGGUGGGAAAGAUCCAACAGCUAUGCCCAAAUCUAUAUCCACAAGGCACGUGUACUUGUAGGCACUAGGAUGUAACGGGGAGAAUCGGAAAUACUUUCUUCAAACUUAGGGUAUAACACAAGUAAUUCAAUUAAACUAGUUUUUUGUGUAGCCAAAAAAUAACAAAGUAAUAACUUUGAACUAGUCAGCAGAUUUAUCUGCCGAUCGGUCGUUCAGUUUUUACCGACGCUUCUUUCAAUAAAUCCUUAUAAACCCUGA